AUUAACGAUCGGGCUUAGUCCGUGUGAGUGACCUUUUUUUUUGUUUGCAUUGGUGAUAGGCAAAAGUUUUGCGGUGAUUUUAGUCAACUGAUUCUUGGCUGCAUCAAUCCAUUUCACAAUCUACAAACUUUUCAUUGAAAUCGCAAAGAUUAUUAUUUAUCGAGACUAGACUAGGUUUAAAUGGCUUUUUCCUGGAUAAUUACCAUACUUACUUUACUGUGUCUAUCACAUGAUUGUGUAUCCACUGAUGGAUUUCGCAAAUGCUCUUGUGAAUCACAAAAUCUUGAGAUAAGUCAAUCUGAUGCAGAAUUGCUUACACGUGAUGACAAAUGUCAUGUAUUUCCGGUUGAGAGUAUACCUGAAAAUUUAACAUUUUCAUCAGGAUCACCGAAAUACUUGUCUACAUAUUUUGCUUGGAAAACUUUAAUCAAUUCUGCUAAGAAAAAUAUCUCAAUUGCAUCAUUCUAUUGGAGUUUACUGGCAGAAGCAAAGUAUAAUUUUACUGCAGUUAAUAAGGGUUUCAAAAUACUCCAAAGUUUGAAGGAGAAGAGCAAAGAAAUCUCCGUGAAAAUUGUUAACAAUGGGAUAGAAACAAACAAUACUGAUUUACAACUUUUAUCAAAAAGUGGUGCUCAAGUUAAAUGGCUUGAUGUUAAACGACUUGUUGGACAGGGAAUUUUGCAUACGAAGUUAUGGUCAGUUGAUUCAGUACAUGGUUAUGUGGGUAGUGCAAAUAUGGACUGGAGAUCAAUAACAGAGGUGAAAGAAUUAGGUGUUCUGAUCUAUAACUGUCCAGAUUUAAUGAAAGAUUUAGAAAAAAUAUGGAAAGUGUAUUGGUUGCUCAGUGGGACAAAUAGUACCAUCCCUACAGCAUGGCCAAAGGAACUGAAUACUGUGUACAAUAGAACAAAUCCUAUUAUUACUGAAAUUAAUGGUGUUCAAUCACGUGUCUUCUUCUCAAGUUCACCACUGCCAUUCAAUCCGCCAGGUCGAAAUAAUGAUAUAGAUGCUUUACUAUCAGUCAUAAACAAUGCAGAAAAGUUUGUUUAUGUGUCAGUUAUGGAUUUUCUACCUGAAAUUGAAUUUUAUAAUCAAAAAUUAUAUUCACAGUUUUGGCCAGUUAUUGAUAAUGCGUUACGUAAAGCUGCAAUUGAUCGAUCUGUUGAAGUACGUUUACUAAUUAGUCGAUGGAGUCAUUCAUCACCAGCUAUGCGUAACUAUUUGAGUUCUUUAAGAGCGAUAAAUGGAGUACGAUCUGCUCGAGUUCGUAUUCGUAAUUUUGUUGUUCCAUCGUAUACUGAAGCACAGAAGAGAAUACCAUUCGCUCGUGUAAACCACAAUAAAUACAUGGUAACUGAUAAGACAGCCUAUAUCGGUACUUCUAAUUGGUCUGGUGAUUAUUUCCUUUAUACCGGUGGAAUUGCAUUCAUCUUCGAUGAUAAUCAGUCAUUAUCCAAUCCAUAUGGACCUGUGAAUUAUGAACAAUGCUCUAUUCCAAAGCCAGUUAGUAUACGACAACAGGUGGAAAAUUUAUUCCGUCGAGAUUGGAAUUCAGAAUUCGCCUUUGAAAUAUAAAUCAUUCAGGUAUAAUCCCACCUAUUAUUAACCAAUGAAUUUUGAAUGACCUUGAUUAAAUGUUUGGUUUAUUUUGAAAUUUUUGUAUUGUAUUGAUUUAACGGAUUUUUAUGUGUAUCAGCCUUUACCUCCGUCAUGAAACUGCUUUAUGACGUGCCAAAUGCUGAAAUUCAUGUUAAGUUUCUAUGCAAUAUUCCGAAGUAAAAUAAAUAUUCAUUUACUGCUU